GCCGGCCGCCGGAGAGCGCCUUGCCGCGGCGCUGCCCUGCGCGCGCCGCCACCAGCUGCGCCGGAGCCCUGCGCCCUGCGGCCCCGCGCCCGGGGAGCCCGCCGGCGCCAUGGACCGAGGCCGGGGUCCCUGGAGGAUGAAGCAAAUUGAUGAACAGCAACAGCCGCGUGUACAGAACUGCUCAGCACCACAGAGGAGCUCAUGCAACCCUGCCCUGAGCUUUGUUCAGUGGCUCAUGCCCUCUCUGUUCCCUGCAGCCUUCCAGAUCUUUGCUGGCUGCAGAAAUUGCCACUAGGACUGAAUGGCAGCCCUGACUCACCAUCUGCCUCUCCUCAGCUCACACAUGCUCUUCCUUCUCUACGCUGCUUGAACUUGGUUUGUCACAUCUCCAGUAAUUGCGAAGCAUUUAGAGGUCAAGAGCCCACGUAAAAAAUCCCAUCGAAGACCAGGAAGGAAAUAGAAAAUGGUAUUGCGACGCUUGAAUACUAAAGCUCAGGUGAUAAAUCUAAAACAUUCACUCAGAACCUAAUUGUUCUUAUUCAGAAACAGUGUGACCAAGUUUGUAUGAGGAGCAGCACCACAUAGCAUUAAGAAGCUGGAGUCCACUGGGCCCAGUGCUGGAGCAGCUGCUCCCAGAGCUCACCAGGCUGCUCAGUCUCUUGGACAAUGAGGACCUUAGCGACAGCACCCUGGAGAAGAAGAUGGCAGUGGCCUCCAUCUUGCAAAGCCUGCAGCCCCUCCCAGAAAAGGAAGUCUCCUACCUGUACGUGAACACUGCAGACCUCCACUCAGGGCCCAGCUUUGUGGAGUCCCUCUUUGAAGAGUUUGACUGUGACCUGAGCGACCUCCGGGACAUGCCAGAAGAUGAUGGGGAGCCCAGCAAAGGAACAAGCCCUGAGCCAGCCAAGAGCUCAUCUCCAAGAACUGCAGCCAACCCGCCUCCACCGCUGCCCAACAAGCCCCCUCCCGAGGACUACUAUGAGGAGGCCCUUCCUCUGGGACCCGGCAAGUCCCCCGAGUACAUCAGCUCCCACAAUGGCAGCAGCCCAGCCCAUUCGAUUGUGGACGGCUACUAUGAGGACGCAGACAGCAGCUACCCCACGACCAGGGUGAACGGCGAGCUGAAGCACUCCUACAAUGACUCUGAUGCGAUGAGCAGCUCCUAUGAGUCCUACGAUGAGGAGGAGGAGGAAGGCAAGGGCCCACAGCCCAGGCAUCAGUGGCCCUCUGAGGAGGCCUCCAUGCACCUGGUGAGGGACUGCAGGAUAUGUGCCUUCCUGCUGCGGAAAAAGCGCUUUGGGCAGUGGGCCAAGCAGCUGACCCUGAUCAAGGAGGACCAGCUUCUGUGUUACAAGAGCUCCAAGGACCGGCAGCCGCAUCUGAGGCUGGCACUGGACGUCUGCAGUGUCAUCUACGUGCCCAAGGACAGCAGGCACAAGAGGCACGAGCUGCGCUUCUCCCAGGGCGCCACUGAGGUCUUGGUGCUGGCCCUGCAGAGCCGGGAGCAGGCGGAGGAGUGGCUGAAGGUCAUCCGUGAGGUCAGCAAGCCCAUCGGGGUGGAAGGAGUGGAGGUCCCCAAAUCACCAGUACUCCUGUGCAAGCUGGACCUGGACAAGAGGCAAUCCCAGGAGCGGCAGACCUCAGACUCUGACAGCCUGGGCAUGGGAGACAGCGGUUCCACUCUCGGCCGCAGGGAGGCCUGUGAACACGCAGGAAAAGGGAAGAAGAGCAGCUUGGCAGAGCUAAAGGGCUCUAUGAGCCGGGCUGCAGGCCGAAAGAUCACCCGCAUUAUCAGCUUCUCCAAGAAGAAGGCCCUGGCUGAGGACCUGCAGAUAUGCUCCGCUGAGGAGGAAGUGCCAUGCUGUGGCUACCUGAACGUGCUGGUGAACCAGGGCUGGAAGGAGCGCUGGUGCCGCCUCAAGCGCGGCACGCUGUACUUCCACAAGGACCGCGCCGACCUGCACACGCACGUCAACGCCGUCGCCCUCCGCGGCUGCGAGGUGGCCCCGGGCUUCGGGCCCAGACACCCGUUUGCCUUCAGGAUCCUGCGAAACCGACAGGAGGUGGCCAUCCUGGAGGCAAGCUGUUCGGAGGACAUGGGUCGCUGGCUUGGGCUGCUGCUGGUGGAAAUGGGCUCCGGGGUCACUCCAGAGGCACUGCACUAUGACUAUGUGGACGUGGAGACCUUAACCAGCAUCGUGACUGCUGGGCGCAACUCCUUCCUGUACGCAAGAUCCUGCCAGGAUCAGUGGCCUGAGCCCCGGGUCUAUGAUGAUGUUCCUUAUGAAAAGAUGCAGGACGAGGAGCCCGAGCGCCCCACGGGGGCCCAGGUGAAGCGCCAUGCCUCCUCUUGCAGUGAGAAGUCCCAUCGUGUGGACCCGCAGGUCAAAGUCAAGCGCCAUGCCUCCAGUGCCAAUCAAUACAAGUACGGCAAGAACCGAGCUGAAGAGGAUGCCCGGAGGUACCUGGUAGAAAAAGAGAAGCUGGAGAAAGAGAAAGAGACGAUUCGGACAGAGCUGAUGGCCUUGCGACAGGAGAAGAGAGAGAUAAAGGAAGCCAUUCGGAGCAACCCAGGAGCAAAGCUAAAGGCUCUGGAGGAAGCGGCGGCCAGCUUGGAAGCCCAGUGUCGAGAGAGGGAGGAGCGCCGCAUCGACCUGGAGCUGCGGCUGGUGGCUGUGAAGGAACGCCUGCAGCAGUCCCUGGCCGGGGGCCCGGCCCUGGGGCUCUCCGUGAGCAGCAAGAACAGGAGCGCGGAAACUACAAAUAAACCCCGAAACAAUGUCCCAGAGCAAUCCCUGCCUGUCAAUUGUGUUUCUGAGCUGCGGAAGAGGAGCCCAUCCAUCGUAACCUCCAACCAAGGAAGGGUGCUCCAGAAGGCCAAGGAAUGGGAAAUGAAGAAGACCUAGAAAGAGGCUGAGGAUUUCAUUCCAAAAGAAGUAUCAGCUUGUCCACCUAAGGCGGAAAUGCUUUUUUUCCCCCAAAGAGACACCAGGAGGAGGCUGGAGUCAUCCCUGCUUUCUGGGACACCCAGAAGACUGGCCUUUAUGUCUGCAUGAUUUUAGGGGCCUGGGGAGGGAAGAAGCAGAAGGGAAGAGAAAAAUGGAGGGCAUCCUUCUGACUUUGCAAUGGGUGGAAACGGGGGUGGAGAGAGACAGAAGUCCGUACAACCCGAAAGGUUUGUCAGCUGCCUUCACCUUCCCUACUGAAGAAGAAUGAAAGCACGCAUGCCUACGCCAUUCCAUCCCAUCUCGGCCUCCCAUCCCCGGUCCUUCAGGUGAAGGAGGGCAGUGCUGGAACACCUGCGGUGCGGUGUAAGGGAAAAGACUUGACCAUCUCCUCCAAUCACUUGUGCUAACCGCAUUCCUGUUGGGCAUUACUGACCAUCUGUGGGCAAAGCAAACAGGCUGCAAAAUCGGUCCCUGUCCCUGCCUGCACAACAGCUAACAAAAGCCACCAAGAGCCUGAAGCCCUGCAGUCAUUCCUCCUCUGCUUUAGAGUGCAGCUACUGGAAACGUCCAGAUUCGGAUACUUUAAACAUCAAAUGCCUGAGUACACAGAAGGCGAAGAGGGUUGAUCAACUGAAGAAUUUCAAGUUCACAGUGAUGGGAACAUGAAGUUCUAAUGUCUACAGAAUGUUGAAGGUGUCGGACGGCAGAGUCAUGUGCUGCCAGGUCAAGUCCUUCAUUUUGUAUGACACAGACAUCAGUCUUAUCCUAAUGAAGUUCUUACCUUGCACUGGGAGGUCCACAUCCUGGCCUUGUGUGUCUGCUACAAACCAAAACUAUCCUGGAAAACCAGAGGACGGUGGCUCUUUGCUGCCACGUGGGUGCUAAGCCUUUUACAAACACUUGAUUCUUUUAUAAAUGGUGCAGGGACCUCAAGUCCUAAGCAGCCUCCUUUAUGCCGCGCACUGUUUCAACACUGUAGGCACUUUAUGGGUCUGUCUUUAACGUGUUUCUCUCCAAUAAAGAUAAAACCGUUAACUCUUAA